AUAAAAUUUUUAUAUAAAAUAAUUAUAAAUAUAUAAAUUUUAAUGUUUCACGUUAUGCAAAUUACCAUAAAACCCUGUAGAUUCUGCUCAAAGUUCAGACACUAUAAAUAUAGAUCCUCCUCCACACCUCCUCAACACGUUACUACCAGAAUCCUCUCCUACUCAAAACUCUGUGUUUUUGUUUCUUCUUCUGUCGUCAAUGGCGCUUCGGAAAACGCUCGCGACGCAUCCUUUGAGUUUUUACGGAACUACCUCAUCGCUAGUCACAGUAGAAAACUCUCCGAUCUCACUCCACACCAUACUCCGUCGCGAGUACGUCGCCUCGACGGAAUCAGGGGAGAGAGGAUUCUUCCCACGGUUCUUCCACCGUAGAGCUUCGGGACAGUCGUCUCUGGGAUUCCCAGAGUUUUUGUCGGUACCUGUGGGGGAAAAACUUAGAGAAAAGCUCCGAGUUAUUAACAUUACCGGAGAUCGCCUUCGGCUAGAUGGACUUACUCCGCCUCCGUCGCCACCUACAGAUACCGCGGCCGGCGAAUCGUUGGCUAAGAUUUCGGUUGAAGAUGCAAGGAAGGUAUUGAGGGUUUAUCAAAUCGAGAAGCUUAAAGCGAAGCUAAGAGAGAUUCCAAAGAGUUCGAUUUCUUAUUAUGAGUUUGCUCAAGUCUGCCUUGAAGCAUGCGGAAGCGAAGCUCAAGCUCUAGAGCUCGCCAAAAUGCUGGAUCAGUCUGGAAACGUCAUCGCUUUAGGAAACGCUGUUUUCCUCCGACCCGAACAGGUGGCUAAGUCAAUGGAGACCAUAAUUUCUGAAUCGAUGGCCCUCCCAAAUGACCCGAGAAGAAAAGAACUGGACGAAAUGGUGAAACAAAAGGAUCGAAUAGACAAAAAGGCCAAGUCUCUGGUUCGUGGUGAGCUUUUUUGUGGGCUGGGGUUCGUAGUGGCCCAGACACUUGGAUUCAUGAGGCUUACGUUUUGGGAACUGAGUUGGGAUAUUAUGGAGCCCAUAUGCUUCUUUGUCACAUCCCUUCACUUCGCCUUGGCGUAUGGUUUUUUCCUCUGGACUUCCACCGAACCCUCAUUUGAAGGCUACUUUCAACGCCGAUUUAAAGCCAAACAAAAGAAACUCAUGAAGGUCCACAGCUUUGAUAUUGAAAAAUAUAAUGAACUUCGUCAGGCUUUUUAUCCCAACUUCUCUGUUGGCUUGCCGAACUUGGACCGUUACUCGACCUUAAAACAUGAAGAGCAAGCAUUCCUUUAACGCUCGUGCAAAGGAAAGGAGUGGACUUUGAUAUUUGAAUAAUUUCCUUUCAAGUGUCGGUCAAAUUUUAUGUAUAUACAUGUACUAAAUGGUUUUUGUAUGAGGCCCAUGUGCAGGUAUGGAUUA